AUGAAAGUGCUAGAUGAUUGGUUUUCAAGGAAGUUCUCAAAAGCUGUACACGGAAACAAUCACGGCACCAUUUCCUUGUCAACUCUGUCUUAUAUCAGAGUCCAUAAACUAGUAAAAUGA